GCUCAACCAACCCCCUAGAACUCUUCCUUAUCUUUAUAAGCAGAGAGAUCAACCCGUCGACACCACCUGUGGACACAGCUGGCAUGGUCAUCUGGGCUGCGUUUUCUGGGUUGUGGUCAAUUUAAGGGAUUUAAAAGAGAAGAAUUAUUCGGGAGGCUAGGGUUCACUGGAAGGUUUCCAAGACGACGAUCAUGAGUCCAUCUCAGCUCACAGAGAUCCCGUUGAAAAAAACGCUAUGGACAUUCAAGCUCCUCGCCCGAACGAAAAGGCCGGAGGGAAUUCAGAUCGACAAACGGCGCCUUCUGCUGGUCGCCCUGACGCUCGUGGCGGUGACUGUGAUGGUGCUGCUCCUCUUGUGGAAUUAUCAGUGUCUCUUCGUCACGCGGAUCUGUCAAGGCCAGGACGACCGUUCUGAAAAUCCUUUGUUUGAUGAAGUGGAACAUAGGAAAGCACAAAACGGACAGGCCUGAGGCGAAAAGACAUUCGCCAGCUGGUCAGGGAGAGAGAGAGAGAGAGAGAGAGAGAGAGAGAAUAUUGCUAUUAACGUUGAGAGAUUCUUGUGUUCCUAAUUUCGACAUGCACUGUUCUGUUUUUCCCCCAUCACAAGAUCCUUAAAAACCCUGUUAAAAAAGUUAGGCCGACUAAAACAACUAAACCACGGGAAAACAGCGUCUUCGCACGAGUGGUUGUACCAGUGUAUUUGAACGUCCAAAACAAAGAUGGGUCGGGGUGCAAUUUACUGUUAGGGCUGUGCGCUCGUGUCUUGUGUUUAAGGGUGCGCCUCACUUUAUAAUAGCAUUAAAAGCUCUGUGGUUAACAACAGUGGACUGAUUUCACGCCCUUGUUGAUAAGGUUGAAAACUAUGAGCAACUGUAGGCUAUAGACUCACCCGUCAUCUCACAGGCCUUAUCAGACAGAACUUUUUAAUAUCGUUUAAUAUCGAACAGUUCAGGGGCGGGGUUAAAGUCCAUUCAUAACCCAAAUUAAUUCAAGAUUAGGUUCAGAACAUGAGACCUGCAGAAAACUGUCAAACGGAUAAGGCAGCGCAUGUUCUGUGAAUACUGGCAAAUGGCUUUGUCUUUCUGGAAACUACACCAAAAGAAGUUCUGUCGGAACAAGACAAAUAUUCUAUUGAAUUUACUUGUGUUCGAAAAAACCGCAAAGAGCACGAUUGUCCAAGCCGGCUGUAUCUUCUCUUCUAGGGGAAGAAAAAAGAGUUUACGGCUUCCUGUCUGUUUAUUUAGGUGCAUAUGUUUCUUUCUUUCUUUCUUUCUUUCUUUCUUGCUUUCAUCUGUUGUUUUAAUGUUGUUUGGGUAGCCAACCUAUUGUGAAGAAACCCAACAAUACUGGUUAUUCGCUAGCCUGACACAGUAAGGGGCGUUUAAAGGAUUAUACUACAAAAAAGAGAGAACUACAAAUACAAACUCUUUGAUGAUUCGUGGCAUUGUACGAUGUACAACGUUUUUGGUGGAAGGCUGUUAAAUGUAUAAUGUCUUACGUAAUUGUUGUAUUUGUCACGAACAAAAUUACAAAACUGUGGUGAAGGUCCUCUGUGGGGUUUUUUUUUAACAGUAUAAAGCAGCCGCUGAGAUGAAGUUUGAACAGCGGGCGCAAAAACGUCUGGGUGUUCCUAUAGCCUAUGUGGCGAAGCGCGCAUGCAAAUGAAAAGGGCCAAGCCCACUUUAUGGCAUCGCUCUCUCGUCGUUUUAUCAUGUUGACAGUAUAUGUGGGCGAACAGCCGCAUGCCGGUACUGACUCCUCUACAACUACACACCACGUGUCAUGGAUAAUCUCAAAUGCCACAUAGUUGCCCCUGUGUCUUUACUGCUUCUUGGGAUAGUGGGUAUUAUCCUGCUCGCUGUACACACUGAAGAUGUGAAGGACGCUCCGCAGUAUAUGUAUGGAAUCGUCCUGGAUGCUGGUUCCUCCCACACGGCCAUGUACAUCUACAAAUGGCCCGCAGACAAAGAGAACGGAACCGGCAUUGUCAGUCAACACAGUGAAUGUCACGUCAAAGGAGGUGGAAUAUCGAGCUAUGCAGAUGUUCAUGGAGGAGCUGGUAAGAGUCUGGAGGGGUGCCUACAGCAGGCCAUGACGGACAUCCCCAAAUCCAAACACUCAAAGACACCCAUCUACCUGGGUGCCACUGCAGGCAUGAGACUGUUAAAUUUAUCAAAUACCAAAGCAUCAAAUGAGAUUCUGCAGGACGUAAGCGACAAACUGAAAACUAAAUACCCUUUCAUCUUUCUCGGGGCCGCCAUCCUGAGCGGGGCGGACGAGGGGGCUUAUGGCUGGGUUACUGUGAACUACCUGUUAGAGAAUUUCAUCAAGUAUGACUUUGCAGGGCAGUGGAUUUCUCCCAGCAAAAAGACAGUGGGGGCUUUAGAUUUUGGAGGAGCCUCUACACAGAUAACAUUUGAAACUGCAGAUAAGGUUGAAGACGAGGGCAACAAGAAGACAUUGCGUCUCUAUGGCCGUGACUACACGCUUUACACGCAAAGCUUUCUGUGCUACGGAAGGGACCAGGUCUUACGUCAAAUCCUGGCUAACCUUGCCAAGAAUCAAAACUAUGCUACAUCCAUAUCCCAUCCCUGCUAUCCAGCGGAUUACAAUGUUUCCAUGGAGCUGGGAAAGAUCUUUGAUUCGCCCUGUACUCAGAAAAAGAGACCAUCUCCCUACGAUGCUAAGGGACUCAUACAGGUCCAGGGCACAGGGAACUAUCAGCAGUGUGUGGGCAAUGUGUCGGCCAUCUUCGAUCUCAAAAAGUGCUCCUUCUCCUCCUGUUCUUUCAAUGACGUUUUUCAGCCCAAAGUCUCUGGAAAUUUCAUGGCAUUCUCUGCUUUCUUUUACACGUAUUCCUUCCUGCAGAGGAGCACAGGUAUCUCCGUGUCCUCCCCUGAGCUUAUGGAGGGAGCUGCCCAGGCCGUCUGCAACAUGAGUUUCGAGGAGAUGGAGAAGAAAGUUCCAGAUCAGAAGACGCGGCUGCAGGAUUACUGCUCCGUCUCUGUCUUCAUCCAGAUUCUCACCCUCAAAGGCUAUAGAUUUGACCAGGACUCCUUUCCUCGAAUCUCCUUCCAGAAAAAGGCGGGAGACACCUCCAUUGGCUGGGCUCUUGGCUACAUGCUAAGCAAAAGCAAUUUAAUCCCUUCGGAAAGCAUUCCGCUUAGGAAAGCGCUGAGCUCAGGAGCGUGGACCGGUCUCCUCUUCCUCUUCAUCCUCAUCCUCGCCGCACUGCCGGUGUAUGUGAUACUGCGAGCCCAUUUCAAGAGGAAGGGCGGCGCCCCCGUCGUCUGACCAAUGAGGGGAAAGCGCCAUAUAGAUUGUAUUCCACGUAUCACGUAGCUUUAUGAAUAUCAUGUUACAUUCAAUGUGCCUGAUAACUGUAUGUUUGAAUCAUGACUAUGGCAGUGCAGCAGAACUAGAGAGUGGGCAUAAACUGUUAUUUUCAACUGAAGUAUAGACGGUGUGUUUCGUUCCAUUAGUGUAUUGUAACAAGUGUCAGGGUGCCACGGCGUUAAAAACAAAACACACUUUGCAGAAGGAUGUUUAGUUCUUGGUCAUAAUGGGGAAACCACAUUUAAGUUUUGUCAAUUUUGUGAGCAUGUGCAAGGUUUCAACGUAAUCGUCUGAAAGAAAUUUUUUUUUUUUUUUUACUAAACUCCGUUAUCUGUUAAAAAAAAAACAAAAACAAAAAAAACCCCAGACCAAAUACAAGUAGAUAGCAAGACAGGCCUUACUGAAAAGCCAUAGUAACUAUCAGUUAUACAGUUAACACGAUUGUAAUCAGCAGUUUAUCUAUGAUUAUGGUAAUGU